ACAACUAAAAUUAAAGUUCUAAUUUUUAGGUUAUAUCAACAAAUAGUCGAAUUUGUUUUUCUGAAGAAAAGUUUCUGUUUCUAUUAUACAAUAAAAAAAUUACAUCUAAUUCGUGAAUAUCAUUAAAUAGUAAUGAAUUUUUGAAGUUAAUGAACUUAGGUGCGAAUGAUAAUUUUAUCUUUCUAAAUGCGCUGCUUCUGUUCGGCAUUGUUUGUGUUGUUUUGACGUUAAUAUUGUACGCAUUAAACUAAACGAGUUUUAACGAAAAAUAUGUAUUUUUCUUGUGAAAUAUGCACGGAAUUACUCUUGCCUACAGAAGAACUAUUUUCUACACUUUGUGGACACAUUUUCCACUUUCCAUGUCUUACAAAAUGGCUUGAAAGAUCCAAAACAUGUCCACAUUGUCGGGAAAAAGUUUCUCAGGCUAAAAUUCACAGACUUUAUUUUAACUUUUCUAAUAAUGAUUCUAUAUCAGAAGACAGUACAACACUUCAGAGUCGUGUUGAAAAUCUUGAAUUUAAAUUGCUAAUGAAAGAUAUGGAUAUAAAGCAAUAUAUUUCACAAGCAGAAGAAUUGAGAAAACAAAUUCCUGGUUUUCGCAAAGAAAUUGAAAGAAUAGAAACUGAAUUAACUUUACAAAAUGUUGAAAAUUUUUCUCUAAAAGAACAAGUUCAAUUACUUAUGGAAAAGAAUAAAAAUAUAGAAGAACUACAAGCAAGAUCAAAGAGACUCGAUGAAUUACGAAAAAAAAAUCUACAAGAAAUGUUAGCAAUCAGCGAGAAAAAGCGUUUAGAUUUGGAAAAACAAUUUGAGAUAUAUAAUAAAAAUAUGGCAAUAUCUGACACACAAAAUGAACCAAUUGUGGUAAUUUCUUCAGAAGAAAGGGAAAAAUCAAAAGUGGAAUUAGUGCGCAAAUUGAGUGUAAAUUCAAAUGAAGGUGUUUCAACGGCUAAAAUACUAAAACCCACAUCGCAAGGACAAUAUUUACUGGAUAAUUCAAUUGUCAUUAAUGAUGAUGAUCUAGUGAUUCGAAGUUCAAAACCUUCAUCGAGAAAUACAUAUUUAUUGGGUUCACCAAUUGUAAUUAGUGAAGAUAGCUCAGACGAAGAAACAACAUCGAAUGCAACAAGAGGAAACAAAGAAAAUGCCCCCAAUGUUCGUUUGAGAUCGAAAAGAAUAUUAUUACGUAAGGAAAAAAGAAAUUAAUAUAGUCAUUCAAAGAUCACUUUCCUGUGAUGAAUCCAAAGUAAAAAAAAAAGGAUGCUGUGAAAGUAAAUCGUGCAAAUUUAGAUGAUCAUAUUAAAAAAAAAAAAAUUCAUGUGAUUUAAAAUGCAAGAUGAAAAUUGAUACGUGAAAAAAGACUAUUUUCAUAGGACUAAAAAAAAGUAUUUUCUACUUAGUAUUAUUAAUUGUUUUUCUAUGUUUAUAUUAUCGUAAUAAAAAAAAAAAUUCAUUUAUAAUUUUAAUAAUAUCUUUAAAGUAAGGCGUCAAGCUUUAAGAUUGUCUAAGAGACUUUAUGUUGAUCGUAUAAAAAAAUACCUACGUUGUAUUAAUAUUUGUAGACGAAAAUCAAUAAAAUUAUAUUCAGAAUAUAAAA